UUGGAGCGACCCCGCGUGGGCGCGCGGCUCAGACUGCUCUCUGCACGCGCUCACCGUCAAUUGGAGUCGGAAAAAUGGUGGCCAGCGUGCGAGUGCAAAAGCUGUUCCGACGAUACAAACUAGCGAUUGUCGCCGCGUUGACUAUCCUCUUGAUACAGGGGCUUGUGCUAUGGAGCCUGAGAAGUCUGGAGGAAGGCGAGGCAGAGAGAAAAACAAGACGGUCUAAGUUGCCUGAUCACAACAGCCAGGACCCUAAGAGAGACGGCGCACUUUGGGACAAACCAAAUUCUAUAUCUGGGAGGAGCAGAGGCAGAUGGAGCGCCAGGUUCGAGAGGACAGCAGCCAGCACAUGGAGGAAGGGGAAUGGCCGGCGGGCAGGAAAGCCCAGUGUCAAGCAGAAGAACGUCCAGGCUCGGGGUAUGACGGCAGCUGGAGUGGAGGGCGUCGUCGCUCAUGAUCUGUCCAGUAGCCGCAACUUCAGCGAGAACCGCGGGGGUUUAGACGGAGCAGCCAGACUACCAGCCGUACCAGGGGAGCCAGGCAGUGUGGACGGGGCACACCAAGCCCUUAGCAAUGACUUUAUGCCUAAGUGUGACAUCACAGGCAAGGAUGCGCUGUCUGCCCUCCAUCGCGCCAUGUCACAGCAGUGCAGGCAGGAGAUCGCGAACAUCGUUUGCCAGCACCAAGCCGGGCAGCUCAUGCCAGGCGCACUCCCUCAGUUCUGCCCCCAGCAAAGCGUAUCGCACCCGGAUGAGGCUGCUGCUGAACUGGACUUAAGCCUGUCCAAGGUGGAAAACCCUGUCAGAGUGGCUUUUGUUCUGAUGGUCCAUGGCCGCGCCGUACGGCAGCUCAAGCGGCUUAUCAGAGCCAUAUACCACAGAGACCACUAUUACUACAUCCACGUGGACAAGCGGUCCGGCUACAUGCAUCGGGAGGUCCUGCAAAUCACUCAGUUAUACCCCAAUGUAAGAGCCACGCCAUGGCGCAUGGUCACCAUCUGGGGAGGAGCCAGCCUUCUGAAGGCCUACUUACGCAGCAUGCAGGACCUGCUGUCCAUGCCCGACUGGAAGUGGGAUUUUUUCAUCAAUCUCAGCGCCACAGACUUCCCAACUAGGACCAACGAUGAACUGGUGGCGUUCCUGUCGCUGCACAGAGACAAGAAUUUCCUCAAAUCUCACGGGAGGGAGAAUGCUAGGUUCAUAAAGAAGCAGGGCCUGGACCGCCUCUUCCACGAGUGCGACAACCACAUGUGGCGUCUUGGUGAGCGCCACAUCCCAAAAGGCCUGGAGGUGUCGGGCGGCUCCGACUGGUUCGCCCUCACCCGUCUCUUUGUGGAGUACGUCAUUAACUCCCAGGAUGAGCUGGUGUUAGGGCUGAAGCAGUUCUACACCUACGCUCUGCUCCCCGCUGAGUCCUUCUUUCACACAGUGCUGGGGAACAGCCAUAUGUGCGACACCCUGGUGGACAACAACCUGCGUGUUACCAACUGGAACCGUAAGCUGGGAUGUAAAUGCCAGUACAAACACAUUGUCGAUUGGUGCGGCUGCUCUCCCAACGAUUUUAAACCACAAGACCUCAUUCGGAUUCAACAACUGACCCGUCCAACAUUCUUUGCCCGAAAGUUCGAGUCGUCAGUGAACCAGGAGGCCAUAGACAUCCUGGACACCCACCUGUACGGGCAGUACGCUCCUGGAACAGCUGCCAUCAAGGCCUACUGGGAGAGCCUGUUUGAGCAGUUGGAUGGAGUGGGCUCCCUCAGUGAUGUGGCACUGACUGCAUACACCAGCUUCUUCCGCUUGGGCCUGAAGAGUCUGGUGACCUCUCAGAGCCACGUGGAGACCUGCAGGUUUGAACCAGUGGGCCUCCCUCUCUCUGUGCAUUUGUAUUUUUAUGACGACCGCUUCCAAGGGUACCUGGUUCGUCAGGAGGUCCAAGCCCUGGGGUCAAAGGACAAGGAGACCUUAGAGGUGUGGGCUGUGCCACAAGCCACUUUCGUCCUUGAGAAAAACCUUAGAGAGUUCGAGAGGCUCAAGAACCUGGAAAUCGGAACCGAAUGGGACCCAAAAGAAAGGAUCUUCCGUAACUUUGGUGGGGUGGUGGGACCUUUGGACGAGCCUCUGGCGGUCCAGAAGUGGGCCCGCGGUCCCAAUCUCACAGCCACUGUCGUUUGGAUCGACCCGGCUCUGGUGGUGGCAGCAUCCUAUGACGUCACCGUAGACGUGGAAGCGGAGUACACGCAGUACAAACCACCGCUGCAGCACCCGCUGCGGCCCGGCACCUGGACAGUGCGGGUGUUAAAACAGUGGGAGCACAUGGCGGAAGUCCGCUUCCUGGUCAUGCCAUUUACCUUUAAUAACAAGGAGCCUCUACGCAAAGAAGAGGACAGCUGGCUGCAUUCAGGACCUCCGGGUAACUUAUACCUGGAUCAGAGCUUCCAGCAGCUGAGCUCAGUGCUGAAGCUGCCUCCCCAGGAGCCGGCCAUGCAGGCAGCCCAGCGAAACGCCCAGCUGGUGGGACGACCCCUGGAGGCAUGGGUAGACAGCUCUUUGGGCACCUUCUGGGUCAUAGGGGACCUGUGCACCACGCAGAAGUCCUCGUGCCCAGCGGUGGGACCUUGCUCCAAGACUUCCUGGAGCGCCCUGUCCCCAGACCCAAAGUCUGAACUGGGCCCCGUCAAAAGUGAUGGGAGGAUCAGGUAGCCCAGAGAGAACUGAAACUCACUGACCUGAACACACACACACAUGUGACGCCGGCAUCAGAGACCGCAAGAAGGACCUGGAUGACCUUUGAACUGUUCUCAGAGGUCAGUUAAGAGCUAAAGGGCACAUAAAGGACUCUGGUCCUGCACCGUGUGAAGUGAAGCGCUCUUACAGAGUUAAGAGCUGUGGGACAGACUGGUGGAAAUUUGCACAUUGAACAUGGCCAGCGCCCAAAAAAGAGAAGAAAAGAUUGCAUCUUUUUUUUCCUUCUUUAUAAAUAAUUAGGCACAUGGAUGCCAGGUGCAUUGUUACGUUUUUAGCUGGCACACAGGUAUGGCAAAUUGUUGAGGUUUGACCUUUGGGUGCACAUUUUCCACUAUCUUCUGCUUUUAAAGAAGCAGGAGGGAGCUGUGACACCUGCUCCGGCUCCGUGCUGUGCUCUAUCUUCAUUUCAAGGGAGAGUGGUACCUCUGAGUCUUUAUUAUUGUGCUUAUUUUGAAGCAUUAUUGUGUAAGCAUAUGGAACGGACAGAUGAAGUGCACUUUACUGCUAGACUAGGAUAUAGCUCAUUGGUCACUCUCACACACAUAACGGUACAUGACAUCAACGAAAUGACUCGAGUUAUAACACAAAGAGUGAGUUUUUAAAGAAUAGUCUUUUUAAUAGUUCAUUUUUGAACCAGUCUUUUUUUAUGCCUUGUUUUGUCCGUCAGUUUCCUAAAACAGUGUUUGUGUUUGAUAGUCCUUCCCGUGUUGCAAACAUUUCUCAGAGUUGUUUUCCUGGUCAGAGGAAGUGCCUAAACUGCUUUCUAUUAACGAUGCCCACUGCAUUCAGAAUUCAAAACAAAGCGCAGAAUUCUGAAAAACUGUGGUUUUGGAAAAGCAAAGUGGUUCAGUUGUUUUGCAGAGAGGGAGAUGUUUUGUUUUAGCUUAGCUUAGCAUAAAGCUUGUUUGUAAGAAGAAAAGCCGAAACAAUCCAUCCACCACACGUUUGGCUCCAUCCAUUAGUCCUCAUGAAUCCAGUUCAGAAUCACACACACACACAUAACGCAGUUGUCUUUUAUGUUUUCAAAAUAUCAUUUGAAUGAAGAAGGCAAAUUUUACACAAAGUUUGAUGUUUUUACACAUACUACAGGAAACUAAUAUACAGCACAGUGGGGCUCUUUAGAAGUCUGACCUUUUCAGAACAAUGGAGCUUCUGUGUCCCUUCAAACUAAGCUAAGCUAACAAGUGGUCGGAGCUGGUUUCUUUACAUGCCGUUUUGUGAAAGAAAACGUGUCACUCCUCUCUGGGCAACAACAAAUGCACGGAAAUGUCAGAAAGUUCCUUUAAACGUUCAUCAUUGUGAUGACAGGCCGUUGUAUCCCAGUGUGUGCAGCAUUCACCAUACCGGUGUGUCUGUCCCCCAACCAAAAAUGGUGAACAAUAUAUCUUUUAUUGAUGUUUUUAAUAUAAGAGUGGUCAAAUCAAAGCUGCCUUUAUGUCAGAAAGAUGAAUCAGCUACUACAGACUAAUAGCUUCCAGUAUGUAGCAUGUGAACCACCCUCUGUCUUUUAUUUAGAUCUUAACCUAGUUUAUGCAAACCUGUGUUCUCAAAUAAUGACUGGCCACCACAUGAGUUGAAGUGACCUUGUUUACCUCGCAGACUCCACACUUGCUUCAGUGAAGCAUCGGUUUUAUUGAGACGACGUUUUAUGAGCAAACUAAUCAGUGUGAACAAAUGUUAUUUUUUUACCCUGUUUGAGAGGAAGCGUUGUGUGUUCAUUUGUCAGCACUCCUCACUGCUGGAUCUGCUCUCUGGCUGUGUUAUGUCCGACACUCUACCUGAUCAGUGUCAGCUGAGGCAGUUUGUGUGUGUUGUUUUUAUGUUUGCUCCGUCCUCGCUGCUGUGAUCACCAGCAGCAGUCUGGCUGGUGAGUCAUUUUUAGCUCCGUGGGGCUUAUCAGAGUUGGAAACUUGAGCCUGUAACUUUAUGCUGUUGGAAGAGCUCACAGGAGAGAACUCCUGACCGAAGACUCAAUAAACACCAUCAAUUAAAGCUUUCACUGGUGAUACAGGUUGUUCUUCAAACUAAGCAGAAGGCCAUCGUUUAUUCAUGAGGAGGAAACGUGCUCUCCUGGGUGAAAAACGCUUCCAUGUCACUUUUUUAAAGAACAGCUCAACAUGGUUUACCUCAUAAAUACUGCAGCCAACAUUUCUGCCUUUGGGUCCGGACAGACUCUGUCACAUAAAUAUUCAGGUUGAUGCCCGCGCGCCCACAAAGUUUUGAUCGUGUCACAUCUGGACACUGGAUGGAAGCUGCUCAGAAACAAAAGACACCUGCAGA